GCAACGACAAUGGAGCAUCCACUUUCUCGAGCAAGGCUCAUGGCGAGACGAUCACACUUCAUUGCGUUUUUAUGUGUUGCGCUAAUCCCUAUUGCGUCCAUCGUGUCCAUCAUGAGCUUCCAUAGCGCCAUCGAAGUCACAAUGCUAACGACACGUUCUUGGAAUCAAGGGUUGAGGCGAUCCACACAUGACAGGCUUGUGUCGGUAAGCGAAGAAGCUCCUGACAGCAACGCAACAGGCCACUUCUGGCACGUGACGGACCUCCACCUAGACAGAGACUACUCAACCAGGGGCUCUCGUAAACUCUCAUGCCACCGUAUUGAUAAGGGCCCAAGUGGCUUAAGGAAUGUUGGCCCUUACGGAGACUACCUUUGUAACACACCGAAACUACUGGCGGUGUCCACCUUUGCUGCCAUGGAACGGAUCAAGCCCGACGUAGAUUUCAUACUGUGGACAGGGGACAACAUGCCCCACACGAAGGGGAUCACGUGGCCGGCGCUGUACAGCCAGACGGACUGGAUCAGAACUGCGCUGUCGCGCCAAGCGCAGCGACAUCAGGCCCUUCUCGUGCCCACAUUGGGAAACCACGACUGGGUUCCGGCAAACGCCAUGGAAUCAGAAGACGCCGCGCACUACCGAGCAUUUCUCAGCGAAGCUGGCUUCAACCAGCUACUCCCCGUAGACGGGUGGAGCACUUUCGAGCGAGGUGGCUACUAUAGCCGGUCGCUCUCGAAGCACAUUCGGCUAGUGUGCCUCAACUCGGCUCUCUGGUACAGCGUCAACAAGGGGCACCGCCCUGGUCCCAAUGACCCCCAGAUGACUUGGCUUCGAGACCAGUUGCACGACGCAAGGCGUCUAGAACAAAAGGUGUUCAUAUCAGGACACAUUGGGCCUGGCUUCCUUGCCCGCUCUAUUGCGAGCGAAACCGCACGCAUGGUGUUAUUCGAUGACAUUAACGACAAGUACCAGGAUCUGAUCGCUCAGUACAAGGACGUCGUGGCCGGACAGUUUUUCGGCCACCAGCACAGCAACGGCUUCGUCCUCUUGUCGGAUAGAAAUGGCACUCCGGUGAGCUCAGUCCAACUGGCCGGGUCUGUGACCCCGUGGGGCAGCGGCCACCCGAUCUAUCGUACCGAGUCGGUGCCUACUAACCCCUGCGUACGACUCUACACCUACCACCGCGCCACUGGCGAGCUCCUUGACUACAAUGUCUAUUACCUGGACUUGGAAAAGGCCAACUUGGAUGCCUUCCACCAGGAGGAGCCUCAGUGGGAACUCCUGUACUCGGCGAGAAACGAUCUGGGCGUACCCGACCUGAGCACGGCCUCGAUGAUCGAUCUAGCCAAAGGAAUCGCCCGUUCGCCGGAGCUGCUGUCGAGGUACAUCGGUCUCAGCUCGUCCCUCAAGGACGCUGGGCCGUGUGGCAAGGCCUGCAGGCGAACGAUGCUGUGCGCUGCCCUCGCGUCGCGACGGGAUUCCCACGCCGCCUGUCUCGCGCAGAACGACAGGACCCGUCGUGCUCGACUCUGGAGGACGAACCACGACCGCGGAGUAGACGCCAUCCCGACAUGUUUGGACGUGGCCGUUCUGCUCGCGGUGACGCUCACUGGUGUCGUUUUCAUCUUGCUCGUCAAGAGGAACAGCACGAUGCGGUUAUACGCGCGAUAUACGCGAAUCUGGUGAUCGCGCAGUGCCUGUUGUAUACGUUUGAACCGUGGGAAAGCUUACCUGGGCUUUCGAGAACAAUGUCGUUGUCGUAGUUUCACCUUCGGUUCAGGGUUUCAUUUUUCUUUCCUUCGUAGCUUCGGAAAGUUAGCCAGUUUUAAAGUCGU